AUGUCUGUUCUCGUACACACUGAGAAGUGCACGGGCGCACGAAAGUGCCUCAUCAUCGGUGGCGGAGUGAUGGGCCUUUCAACAGCAUGGCAUCUUCUCAAAGACGGACAUACCGACGUCACUGUGCUUGAUCACCCGGAUCCUUUGGCGCCGAGCCGCGAUAUCUCUAAAUUUUUUCGGGUUGACUACACGGAUCCAGAGCGGAUGAAGCUUGUAUUGAAAUCCAAGAAUCUAUGGGAGAACGACGACUUGUUCAAACCGUUCCUUCAUCGCACAGGCCGGAUCGUUGCUUAUCCACCGGCGGGAGUUGACACUCUGACUGGUAUUGACCGCGCCAGGUCUGGUUUGAGCCUACCCGCACGGAAGCAUGAAUCGGCCAGGCUUCUAGAAGACAUAUUCGAGUCAACACCCAUCUCACAACAGCUUGAAGUGGUUUAUAACGAAGAUGACGGGGUCGUGGACUGGAAUCGAGUGAUGAAAAGCUUGAAACAAGAAUGCAUGAACACGGGAGGAAAGUUUCAAGAGGGACGUGUGCUACAUCUAGACUCAAACACGGGAGGGAUGAUUGAUGCCGUGGUGACUUCGGAAGGUUUUGUUGACGCAGCACAGACAGACAUCAUCUUGGCCGCUGGACCGUGGAUUAUGCAACUGCUCGAGGCUUCGAGCAUUCAACAACCUCCGCUUUCAAGGGCGCCGAUUGCAACUGGUAUCUUUGCAUUUCAUCUGGAACUGACCACUCAGCAAUGGGUCAAAUACCAUAACCUUCCGCGAUUCUCCGAGAUUGGCGUUUGCGAGUUCGUAUGCCAUCCCACAGACGUUGGUGCGGCCAAGGUGACGUGGACCACGGCUUUUAGAAAUCCGUCAGGGGAUGGGGCCCUAUCUGAGCCAAGCGAUGUCGCCAAGACGAGUCUAGCCAUCAAGAUGAUGCUAGACGCCCGUGAUUGGGUUCGAAAAAGAAUUCCGGGGCUCAAAGGCGCCCGAUUUAAGUCGAUACAGUCGUACUGGGAUGGCGUCACUGGCAACCAGAAUCCUAUCAUCGUCCGGCACCCGGAGCAUCCCAACUUGAUCAUUGCUGGGGGAGGAUCAUACACGCACGCCAAAGAUCUCCCCUACAUCGGUCGAGUCGUCACCGAAGUUUUGCAAGGAACCGGGACUCACAGCCAAUUUGGCUGGGACGAGAGACCUGCCGGCAAGCACUUGAACAAUCAGCCAUCGCUGUAUCCAGAUCUCCUCUUUGGUGAUCUGGAGUUGGAGGCAUCGAGAGACCAGCGAGUAAAGGACUGGAAUAGGGAGCGUUCCGACUGGAUUAUUUGA